UAUAGAUUUCUGAUCAUUGGAUGAGGAGGAUAACCUGUGAAAAAUGGCUGAUUUAACCAAGACAGAAGAACAGGAAGUAGAGAAGAGUUUGGAUGAAGAAGCAGAGAAAAUGCCUCAUACUUCAGAAGCAGAUUUAGGUGCCGGUGGGGAAGAUAAUGAUGGCUCAGCUUCGGGUGCAGUGCAGUCCACUGAAAGUGAGAAAGAAGUUGACAGUGGUAAUCAAGAUGACAGCACAAAAAGGAAGAAUUUAGAUCCUGAAGAUGAACCUGGUAAAAGACUUCAGACAGGCCACGGGCAAGCUGUAGCUGCACAUUAUAAUGAAAUGCAAGAGGUUGGGUUGGAGAAACGCAGCCAGUCUCGCAUCUUCUACCUCCGGAACUUCAACAACUGGACAAAGAGUGUCCUCAUUGGUGAAUUCAUAGACCGGGUACGACGGAAAAAGAAUGACAUCACUGUUUUGGAUCUGGGAUGUGGCAAAGGUGGAGACUUGCUGAAAUGGAAAAAAGGCAGAAUUAAAAAGCUUGUUUGCACUGAUAUUGCUGACAUUUCUGUGCAGCAGUGCAAGCAGAGGUACGAGGACAUGAAAGGUCGCUGCCGGUACAACGAGCGGAUUUUCGAUGCGGAGUUCAUACAGGCAGACAGCACCAAGGAUCUCUUGUCUUCCAAAUACAAUGAUCCGGAUACCCGCUUCGACAUUUGCAGCUGUCAGUUUGUUUACCAUUACUCGUUUGAGACUUAUGAACAGGCUGACAUGAUGCUUAAAAAUGCUUGUGGCAACCUCUCUCCUGGAGGCUAUUUCAUUGGCACAACUCCAAACAGCUUUGAGCUUGUAAAGCGACUGGAAGCUUCAGAAACAAAUUCCUUUGGCAACGAUGUGUACAGUGUGAAGUUUGAGAAGAAGGGAGAGUAUCCCUUGUUUGGCUGCAAGUACGAUUUUCACCUGGAAGAAGUGGUUGAUGUCCCUGAGUUCUUGGUUUACUUUCCAUUACUGGAAGAAAUGGCGAAGAAGCACGGCAUGAAGUUAGUCUACAAAAGGACAUUUCGGGAAUUCUAUGAAGAAAAAAUCAAGAACUAUGAGCAUAAAAUGUUGUUAAAGAGAAUGCAGGCCUUGGAGCCAUAUUCUCCAUCUGAUGAUUCCAGGCUUGUUUCUGAUAAACCUGAUGACUAUGAGCAUGCAAAAGAGUUCAUCAAAGACAGCCAGGCCAAGUUACCAUUGGGAACUCUGAGUAAAUCUGAAUGGGAAGCAACAAGUAUUUACUUGGUGUUUGCCUUCGAGAAACAGCAGUGACACUUACCGUAGAUGAAGAGGAGAUGAAAUCCAUGUGCAAGUUGGAGUGGUCAGAAAGGCAUUGUGGCAACUGUUUUUUAUUUGUGGAUUUUUGUAGCAGUGUGCAGGACACUACCAAACCCAAGAGCCAGCUGACACUUCAGAGUCAUACUGCCUGUCUGGGACAGAUGGACUUGUGUGUAUAUAUCAGAAAGAUUCUCAGCCAGUCUUUUUAAGCCUUUGGAAGCAGUCUGCAUGUUCCCAAACCCCACCUCUGAACCUGUUAGAAAUGGUUUGUUUGUAGAAACACCUUUGUGGUUACAAGCCUGACCCUGCACCUCCUGAAACUGAUGGGGAAAUAGUCGUUGAUGUUGGUAGUGCAGAAUGAGGGCCUCAAUGUUGUCACUGCAGAGCUCACUUAGUUCAUAGUGAGAUGUAGGCAGACCCUGUAGGGUAUGUCUGCAUUGCAUGCAGAGCAAGUAGCACUCGGGUCACUCUCAAGUACCUCUGUGCUGUGCUCAGGCCUGCAGUGUGAAUCUACCCUAGUGGCAUCCAAGGCCAUAGUCUAUGUGGCAAAGUCCCACAUAGCUCCUGUUUAUUUUUGUGCUUGCUGAUGUGUAGUGUCACUUCAUGGUGCUUUUAAGAUUAAAGUAGUUUGUUCUGUACAAAUGUGCUCUCAAUUAAAUGGAUUUGUAAACUCUUCAA